AAACGAUCUCAAUCUGGAACAAGUGUACGCUUUGGUUAUCCUUUUACAUCAUUGUGCACUCUAUCUACACACCGGUCGAGCAAAUCACGCCAGCUGUCGAUAAAGAUGAUUGGCUGUCAACGGAUGUGAAAUGAAAACCUCAUCAAUUAUACAGAUUUUCUAAACGGUUCUUCACCAUGCGGUGGUUGCUUCUCGGCUGCUCUUAUCCGUUUGGUGAAAUUCAUUACGGUGAAAAUCAUGUGGCUAAUCGGGUGCAUUUGUGUAGUGCUCCUAGGCGGAAAACUAAUCUCAGUCAAAGCUUACCAUGCUCACCUGGCACCCCUUCCGGAUCUCUCCAACCACUCCGGGAUGGUCCUGGGCCUUUCGGAAAUGAUCAACCUGCUGGCGCCGAAAACCCUCGCAAUCCUAGUGCUCAAGGAAACCAAAAUCGACAAGAUCGAUCGCCUCACGGUGAUGAUUCACCACCACAACAUUCCCACCUGUAUCUUCAACAAUCAGGACGAGUACUUCCAGUACAUCGGGAACAAUCUGAAGAAAUCGCUGGAAACCACGAGCCUCCUCUUCUGCCAUCCGGAAGAGAUGCUCGGGGAACUGAUCGAUCGACGGCUAGCGCAUCGGCUAAGUUUGUACAUCUUCUACUGGGGUGCACGCAAGGCUCCGACCAAUCUGGACCGAUCGCUAAUGCGGGAACCUCUGCGCGUUGCUGUCAUUACCAAUCCCCGAAAGAACAUCUUCCGGAUAUUCUACAACCAGGCGAAGCCGAACAACCGAGGCGAGCUGCUCAGUGCGAACUGGUUCGAUGGGAACGACAUGACCUUUCAGAAGGUUCCCUUGCUGCCGACUCCCACCACGGUGUACAAGAACUUUGAGGGACGGGUCUUUACGAUUCCGGUUAUCCACAAACCGCCGUGGCAUUUCGUGACCUACCGCAAGGUGAACGAAUCGUCGCUGAACGAGACGGACGUGGAUCAGCUGGAGCUCAGUGCCAACGGUACGGACAACGAGCAACUCGAGGUGUUUGAGGUUACCGGCGGAAGGGAUCACAACCUGAUACAGCUGAUCGCCCAUCGGAUGAACUUCAGCUUCAAGUACGUCGACCAGGAAGAUCGGAUACAGGGAACGGCGGUCGGUCCACCGGAGAAUGCGAUUUUCACGGGAGCUUUGGGUAUGCUUCAGAGGCGCGAAGUGGAUCUGUUCCUUGGGGAUGUGGCCGUCACUUGGGAACGGAUGCAGGCGGUGGAGUUUUCGUUUUUCACCCUGGCGGAUUCGGCUGCGUUUGUUACGCAUGCUCCGCGGAAGUUGAGCGAAGCGUUGGCGCUGGUAAGGCCUUUUCAGGUAGCGGUGUGGCCGCUGGUGCUGUUGACCAUCAUGAUGUCCGGUCCGAUUCUGUACAUGAUCAUUGCGAUGCCGUACCGGCUGGAGGACUGGGCCCGCGGUACGAUGGCCAGAAGGAGGCGGUUCAAGGUUCAGCGAGGUUCGGCAUUCUACCACAUGCAGUACAUUCAGGAAAUGAACUACGGAACGCUGCCAGGGGGCGCGGAGAUCGCUGGGACACCUCGCCAUCCUAGUCUGGACCGGUGCAUUUGGUACACGAUCAACGUCUAUCUCCGGCAAUCGGCGACCAUUCCGUACAACGGUCACGUCUCCCGAUUCUUCUCAAUUCUUUUGUGGCUAUGUGCGACUUACGUACUUGGGGACGUGUACUCGGCUCAGCUUACGUCUCAAUUGGCAAGACCGGCCAGGGAAGGACCCAUAGAUACCCUAGGAAAACUGGAGGUCUUCAUGGAACGCGACGGCUAUCAGCUGUUGGUCGAGCGACAGAGCGCAUUUCAGGCGGCCUUGGUCAAUAGUACCGGUAUUCUACAGCGGCUGUAUCGCAUAACCCAGCGCCAAUCGCACAACGAGUCGUAUCUGGUGUCGUCCGUGGAGGAAGGAAUUCGCAUCCUGGUGGACAACUCCAAGCGAGCGGUGUUCGGAGGCCGUGAAACGCUGUACUUCAACACCAAACGCUACGGGGCUCAUCGAUUCCAGUUGAGCGAGAAACUCUACACCCGGUAUUCGGCCGUGGCCGUGCAGUUCGGGUCGCCGUUUCUGGACAGUUUGAACGAAGUAAUCAUGCGUCUUUUCGAGGCGGGAAUCAUCGAGAAGAUAACGAUAGCGGAGUACGAACGGAUGUUCGGCAGUCAGCUCGGACAGUUUGGGGACGAGUCGGCCAAAACGACCAAACCGGAGAGUUUCGAAACAGAAGGUGGAAAGUCGAAGAAAAGCACCGAGAGUAACGAGAAGCUACAGCCGAUGAAUUUGCGAAUGUUACAGGGAGCGUUCCUGGCCCUUGCUUGUGGCCAUUCGCUUGGCGUGCUCACUCUGGUGCUGGAGAACAAAACCAAAUGCAUCCAGAUUUCUUUCGGAUGGAUCAAGGCAUGGCUCCAUCGGAUUGGUCUGAUUUUCUGCAAACUCGGGAAGGUCGUUUGGCGCUCGUGGAGGCGCCUGCAUAAUGAUGAUUGAUUGAGACAUUUCACAAUCCAAUAAGA